CCGUCCACCAGAUGGCGCUGUGAUCUGAGCUGGACUCUACUUCCCAGCCGCUUCUCCUCUGUUUAAGUUUUUUCUUCAACAUGGAGGACGAAGUGGAUGUUGACAUCGAGGGAGACGAUUUUAACUGCAAUGCAGGAGAGAUGGACGCGGCGGGGUUAGUUCAGGAGCAGCCAGUGGACAGCAGCAGCUCCUGGAUGCUGCCCUGGGAGCUGGACAGCUCCAUCAGCCCAGAGAACAGAGAGGCGAUAGAGAGGAUGCUGAUGGAGGAGCAAUAUUAUUUGACGGGGGAGAGGAUUCCUGAUAUUUUGCCCAGUGAUCCCAAUAAAAAGCCCAAAGUAAAGAAAUCUCCAACCAAAAGCUCUUCUUCUGCCUCUGUUUCAAUUUCAACUCGCUGGUCCAAACAGGAAAAAGAGCUUUUUGAGAAGGGACUGGCUCAGUACGGUCGGAGGUGGACAAAAAUCGCCAAGCUGGUGGACACUCGAAGUGUCCUUCAGGUCAAGAGUUAUGCCAGGCAGUACUUUAAACAAAAGGCUAAAUCAGACUCUGGAGCUGCAGCUCCCCCAAAGCAGCAGCAUCAGCCUCCUCCGUCCACAAUGAUCAACACCGUUCGCAUAGAGAGGCUUUCUGAUGACGAGGAUGUAGACAUCACUGAUGAUCUGAGUGAUACUGAUGGAGAGGACAUGAAAAGUGAAAUCAGUGGAGCGGCGAAGACGCCAGAGGCUGAGACUCGAACAGAAGGGCCCACGGAGCAGCAGAAAGAGACGACCCUGUUGGAAAACAUCAGGGAGAUGAAGGACCAACCCUGCCGGAGCUCUUCCUCUGUGCAAAGUCCUCCACCGUCUGUCAUCUCUUGCACUGAGGAAGAAGAUAAACCGACAUCAAAUGAGGAUGUUUUAAAGACGGAGCAUCCUGGGAUAGAAGCAGAAAAAGACUCAGCUGAUGACAGUGAUGACCAGAGCUCCCAGUGUGAAACCUCCAUACCUGCUGGUCAACCCUCAGUAGCGUCUUAUGACUCCACAGAUUCUGCUGAAAACAUCGUCAUUAAUAGACCAGACAAAGACCAGGAGGAGCAGGACCACGAAGACGAGGAAGCGGAAGAGCUCAAGGCCCCUGAGCAGGAAACUGAGAUGGACACAGAGACCAUCACGGAGGAUGAGAAACAAGCCAUCCCCGAGUUCUUCGAGGGUCGGCCAUCAAAAACCCCCGAAAGAUAUCUGAAGAUACGGAACUACAUCCUGGAUCAAUGGCGGAGGAGCAAGCCCAAAUACCUGAACAAGACAUCAGUCCGUCCUGGUCUGAAGAACUGUGGAGACGUGAACUGCAUCGGCAGGAUACACACUUACCUGGAGCUCAUUGGAGCUAUCAACUUCAACUGUGAGCAAGCGGUGUAUAAUCGACCCAAACUGGUGGACCGGUCCAAAUCCAAGGAGGGCAAAGAAGUGCUUGAGGCCUAUCAGCUAGCUCAGAGGCUGCAGAGCAUGCGGACCAGGAAGAGGCGCGUUCGGGACGUAUGGGGGAACUGGUGUGACGCUAGAGAUUUGGAAGGACAGACUUAUGAGCACCUCAGCGCCGAGGAGUUGGCUGUGAGGAGAGAGGAGAUAAAGAAGCAGCCUAAACCCUGCAAGAUGUCCAGACACAAAGGGUCUUUUGAUCCAUUCAUGCUGAUUCCUUGCAGAUCUUUUGAGAAAGAUGUACAGGAGCCAUUCCAGGUCAUUGUGUGUGCAGAGACUCUUCUUAUCAUGGACAUGCAUGCCCACGUCUCAAGAGGAGAAGUCAUUGGUCUGCUGGGUGGAACGUUUAACAAGGAGGAGAAAAUACUGGAGAUCUGUGCAGCAGAACCAUGUAACAGCGUGAGCACAGGUCUGCAGUGUGAGAUGGACCCGCUGUCACAGACUCAGGCCUGUGACGUGCUGUCGUCUCUGGGCUUCAGCGUCGUGGGCUGGUACCACUCACACCCUUCUUUUCAACCAAACCCAUCAGUGCGGGACAUCAACACACAGGACCAGUUCCAGAGUUAUUUUUCCCGUGGCGGAGCCCCCUUCAUCGGGAUGAUAGUCAGCCCGUAUGACUCCGCUAACACUUCACCCCACUCCCAAAUCACCUGCCUGUUGGUGAAAGAAAACAAGGAGCCCUCCGGCCAAAACAAGCUGCCGUACAGAUUCAACUUCCUGUCAUCACAAAAUCGUCCUGACUGGAAGCAGACCAUGAGGAGGGCUCAGUGGAUCAUCCAGAAAUACGCCCAGUCACAUGGGAGCGUGCAGAUGGACAGGUUGUUCUGCAGAGACUCUAGUCUCACCUGUUUGGAAAAGAUGUUGUCGUCUUUGGCCAGACACUUGGAACCCCUGGCAGAUGGAGAGGGAGACCAUUUCCUCUCUGAGAUCCAGUCCCUGUUCCUGUCAGAAUUUAUCUCCAAGCAGAAAUCCUUAUUUCAUGGAGACGGAAAACCUUUAGACAUCUCAAAACCCGUAGAGUCAGAUGGUGACGCUUUGGAUCAUCUGAUCAGUCAGGAAAAGUCCCACAAGGCGGAGGAGGAGGCUGAAACAAAUAGUGGCUCAGUUUUGCAUUUAGGCUCAGUAUUAACAACUGAGCACGACUAUUUGCUUUGAAAAUAUUAGAUGUUUUUGACUGAAUUAUUUAGCAGAAAUAAUGUUUGAAGUAAACAUAUUAACAUUUACAUACAGUUUUAUACUUUAGGAUUGUAUUUUAAUGUAGAAACCUCUUGUUUAAAAUGGUUAAAGGUCAGAAGGGACUUGGUUUAAUGCAGCAAAGAAUUGGAUAUGAGGAGGGACUCGGAUUUAAGCUAAACGACAUAAAUACUGUCGUUUAGCUUAAUAUCCCCCUAGAGUUUUCUGAAUAAUUGGAAACCAAGUUUGUGUUUGAGUGUGUGUGUGGGGCUAUACCUGUGGCUAUAUUACAAAUAAACUAUUUUUAUAUUUGUUUUAAUGCA